AUGGCUGCCAUACCUACUGACCCUUCGGCACCAAUGUCUUCUCCGGCUCCGAAUUUGGACUAUAACGGAGCAAAUGCAGGAUCUCUACCCCGUAAUCACUAUCACCCGCCUGAGUAUGCGCCUCAUCCAUACCAGGAAGCCCUUGGAACCGGCCCGCGAUCAUACGACAGCCCUUAUCUUAGCUAUCAAACUCACGUGGAACUAGUUGUUCGCAAUGCCAUCCUUGAGAAAGAAGUUGAGACCUGCAAAUUUCAGAAGGGUGAAGUUGAGAUCGCACUACUUCGCCUCGCCCGCCUCGUGGCAUCGGAUUCAGAGAGGGUUCCAAGUCAUGGCUUCAAAGAUCGGUAUAACACGGACUCGCAAGCGCAGCUUACGCAGUCUAGCAAGAAUAUGGAGGUGCUGCAAGGGCAGCUGAUGCAAGCCAAUGCAUUGAUAUCAACGCUCAAUCAGACCAUUGUUGCUUUGACUAAACAGCCCGUCAAACAGCCCGUCAAUGUCAAACGUCGUUCACGCACCCAUGAGGAUUCGGACACAGAUAGCUCGACCUCGGACCAAGAAAGCGACAGUGAGGAAAAGGACUAUGUCUCGAUGCAAAAAGCUGGCCUGCCAACGGUCUCGACAUCGUUCACUUCUACAGGUACGAAUUCUACUCAGUCAACAAACACUUACAUCCGUCGCUUUGUAAAGGCAAAAGAGUCUUCUGACUCGGGUUACGAACGUAGUGGUGGAGAAUCUGCUACGUCCUCUGACUCGCCUAACUUAGCCUCAUCAUUCAGCAGCAAUUUAAGCGGAAAAGAUAUCAGCCAAUCCUCAAUUGGACAAACACCGAGUCGAAAGGUCUGCGUUCAUGACCCUAGUAUAGAGACUAAAGCGUUCAAUGGCGACAAACUUGACAAUGGCAUCUAUAGUGGAGCGAUUGCGUCCGUGAAGACCGAAAUGCAAUCCCUCGGCUCUAUGCCUGCCAAGCUUACAAGUACUAAUGCAUAUGUGCCGUCUCUCCACAUCGACAUUAAUUGGGCGGUUUCACGAGACUGGGGAAGUCCCCUCGAACAGAAGAAUGCAUCCCAAAUCAAUGCCGUGAACGCUGGACCAAGCGACCUCCGCUCACCUGAUCUUUUCCGCUAUGGCCUACGGUUUUUCCCACGAGAUCAUCAGAAUAACGCUUAUCGCGCCGUCAUCAUAUCCAAUAUACCAUUGAGCAUAAGCAUGCGGAAAUUAUUGGAAAAGGUCCGCGGAGGAAAGAUCCUGGAUGUUAAGCUUCUGAAUACGGUGUCUAUCACCAAUUCGAAAACAGCGCUCGUAACUUUUCUGAAGGAGCAUGAGGCGAUCGCAUACGUGAACUUCGUGAAGCGCUAUCUAAUUGAGUUUGAAGGGCAGAUUGCACAUGUCAAGCUGAUUCCAACUCCGACGUUUCCAAUUUCCUCUCAAAUCAACCAAUUCGUCACUAAAUCUGAAGCUAGCCGAUGCUUGGAAGUGCACGAUUUUUCUCAAUCGAUUGGACCGAGCGAGGUGGUUGAACUACUGGCAGUGACGCUGACGAUGAAAUACACGGGCUUGGAAGAUAUGAGUUAUCAGAAUGGGAUUCUGCGCCUUCGUUUCAGUGCCAUGAAAUAUGCAAAACAUGGUUAUGGAGUAUUUUGCAACGGCCGGUUUGGUGCUUGCACCGUCCACUGGACACCAGAUCCAUGCGACCAGCGCCUCGAUACUCUUCUUGAGCCCGAGCCUGAGCCCGGACCUAAGCCUGAGCCUAAACCCUCAAUGGAAAUACAAGAGGCGUAUAUGAAUGACCCGUUCACUGUAGCAGAUGUCAAGUUCUCCGUGUCCAAGCUUCUGUGCUUACAAGGAUCCGCGGAGGACAUCGAGGCUCCAGACCAAGAGGCUUCGCAUACUGGAGGGAAGGCCACCAUUCAAUAUCCUGUCUCAAAACUCUUGACUUUACGUGAAUUUGAAGCAGAAGAUACUGCAGCAAGACUGGAAAAGAUCGAUGAUGAAGUCUCAGCUCUUGUGCGCAAAGGGCGAGGUUUUCAGUCUGACAACUUGACCAUUAAGGCCGACUCACCACUCGCGCCUCAUCUUCGUUUGAAAUGA